AUGUUAAUUCUCCUUUCAGAUGAAUUAAUCAGAUUAUCCUUUGCUCAAACAGGCGAUAUAAAUUGCCAAGAUUCUUCUCCGGACAAUCCUUGUAACAAGGUUGACAAAUUAUUAGAACCUUGUAAUGAAACAUUAAUUCGGCCUGACUCUGAUGAUGAUGAAUUCAUGUAUUUGGUUGAUGAACCCCAUGAAGCAAAAUGCUGGUGUAAUAAAAAAUUCUAUGAUUUAAUAUCAAGCUGUAUGACGUGUUUAUCUUUGCCACCUAACGUUGAAACAAUGAUUAGACCGUUGGAAGAUUAUAAAAAUGAUUGUAAAGCUCAGAAUGUAGAAUUUAUCGACCAACACAACAAGAAAGGUCCUAAUAAACUUUUACUUGCGUUAGGUAUUAGUUCGUUGAUAGUAUUAUUGGCAAGUUUAUUGUUCUGUCUGUUUGCUUUUAAAAAUAACAAGAAGAAGUCACGGGCCUAUGAAAAGUUGAAAACGGAUUUUUAUUCAUAUCCAAAAAACAGAGGAAGGGGGAUUGAAAUCGGAACAAGGAAUGUUGUGAAUGAAAAUGAUGAAAAAUUAUAUUCACCCGCGGCACCCAUGCCGCCACCGUUAGCUCAUCAACCUCAACAGGGUGAGGUGCAACAAUUGCAAGAUCAGAAUAAUCCUUUCGUCAAUACUGGUACGUAUGGACCGCAAGAAUAUUAUGUGGAAGCAAGUCAGUCACAAGUACAAGCUCCCAGACAGAUAAUCGCGCAAGAACCAGAAGACACACCAAGUCCAACGGUUAACGAAAUAUCCAUAACUUCUACAGAAUCUAAACCCACACACGUAUCGCAUAAAGAAAAUAAAGAAGAUAAAGAAAAGACUAUAAAAAGUUGCACAGCACCUGAUAGUGCGUGUAGAAAUGUUAAUGACACUUUAAAGUUAUGUAAUGGGGUUAUGGUGACCCCUGACAAAUAUAUCGAGAAAGAUAUUCAUAACGGCACUUACCAACCAGAUAGUUUUAGUUUGGCGAGAUGUAUGUGUAAUCAACCAUAUUACAACAUGUUGGAAGCAUGUGUGGAAUGUUUCGUUAAUACAACGGGGAAAGAAUUUGAAGUUGCUCCUUUAGAACAAUACGAAAAUCGAUGCAAAUCAUUCGGUGUCACAUACACUCAAGAAACGCCACCACCACCAACUACUGGGAUUCCAUCAAAAGUAAAAUUGAUAUUAUCAAUUGGACUAUUUGUAAUAUCUUUUGGGUUAUUAGGAAUGCUUUUGUACAAAUUAUACAAAAGAAAGAAAAGAAGGGAAUCGGAAAGGGCUUUUGCUGAAAAACUAUCCGCUGAUUUGGUGGCAUCAAGUAAUCGUGGUCGUCUUAGUACAGGUGAUACUUUGACUAAAACGUAUCCGGCACCAAGCUCAACACCAAGCCAUCAUCGCACCCCUCCUCGAAACACACCACCAUCAUCAGGUGGUCCGCCUCCGCCUUCAAGUAAUAUUAGUUUACCUAGUCCACAACCCUAUUAUCCCCCUGGUAGUCAAGGAGGUGGUCAAGGAGGUGGUCAAAGCGGGCAAAGUGGGCAAAGUGGUGGUCAAUCAGAUAGUUAUUUUAAUAAUUCUUUCUAA